GCUUAUGUUAGCGUACAUCCUCGAACGAUUAAAUGACGAGAUAAAGCCACGUGUCCAAUUCCUCCCGCGUCGUCGAUCUAUCCGUUAACCCUAAUCUCUCUCUCACCUCCCAUCCCUCUUGUUUCUCUGCAACUCCUCCAUUCAAGAAAAAUUAGGGAAAGUUACAAUUCUUGAAACCGAAAGAUUUCCUUGAUCUUUUGAUUAAAUUCAUCUCGUUUUGAUAAAAAUGGGGAAGCUCAUAUGUGAUUCAACCACUUCUUCUCCGGUAAUCCCAUGGAAAGAUCCAACUGCAGCUCCACCAUCCAUCGAUACCAUCGCCGCCGUCGAUUUAUCAGAGGAGAUGCUCGGCGCCACCACCACGACCUGGGAUGACGUGUCGGGGUUAGAAGACCAGCAGAAAAGGCACCUACAGAGGCUUCACGCCAAGGGAGUCCUUUGGAAACAUCCAGGGAAUAAAAUCCUUAAUCAAUGUCAAGAAGACGAUUCUACUUCGCCAGCGGCGGUGGUUUUCAGGCUGAGUCACGGCGGAGAUGUCGAGGCGGAUGGAAAUUGUUUGUUUACUGCAUCGCAAAAGGCGAUGGGGCUGACGGAGAUCAACGCCAAAGAUCUACGGAGGCGGACGGUGAGAAGGUUCUUGGAAGAUCUUGGAUCUGAGAGUGGGGUGCAGAGAGAAAACAUAGACGCGGCGAUUAAGCAUAUGUAUGUGCCAGAUCUAAGAUCUGGUUGGGGUAUACACGUGGUUCAAGAGGUGAAAUUUCUUGCGAAGAAGACAGAUCGUGAAUCUCUAGAUUCAGCUAUCGAGGAGCUCGUUAAUCUCGGUAUGCAGAGGGAAUUGGGUGCGGAAUCUAUUUAUAAAGAUAGAUGCAUUGGUGUAGAGAAUGGUGAAAACUGGGCCAAGUAUAUGUCGAUAUCUGGAUCUCCAGAUGAUGAGUAUGACAUCAUCACUUUGCAAUACACAGAGGAAGGUUUAUUAAGUGUAGAUGAGAACAGAGAAGGACACGCUGCAGCUUUUGGUGAUGAUAUAGCAAUUGAAUCUCUUGCUACUGAAUUCAAAAGAGAAAUUUAUGUGGUGCAAGCACAUGGAUCAGACGCCAUGGUUGAUGAAGAUAAUUGUGUGUUUUUCCUGCCACAUCGUCCUAGAAGUGAAAUAUGCGGACCUCCCUUUUUUCUCUUCAUGAAAGGAACAGGUUGGUGUGGAGCUGGUGGUGAUCACUAUGAGCCCUUAAUUGCUCAUUCAUCUUCUGUGGUAUCUCAUUCCCAUGAGAAAGUUGCAUUGGUGCUGUGAUAUGGAUUUUUGCAGUUUUGUUGGGGAGAUGAUAGAAAUAGGUGCCCAAUUCUUUUCCAAAUUUUUGCUGCUGUGGAUGACUGUUCAUCACAUGCCGCCCAAUUAUCUCAAUUUCUUCUGCUUAGAAACUCAAGUCGGGAAAACCUUUUAUGAAAUUUUGGUAAGUGUAGUUGUAGUUGUAGUUUGGUUUAUUAUUUUUUUUUAUCACCGGCUUUUUUGUUUUUCAUUUUUGGGUUUUUGUUGAUGAUUUUGUUGUUGUUGUUGUUGAGUCGUAUCUGAGGAGAGGGGUAUAGAAUGAAUUGUUUGUGGUUGAGGGAGUUGUAUUGUUAUUGAGAAAUGAGAAUGGUACCAGUUUGUUGUAGUAACCAAA